GCCGCUUGAGAAGUGCGGUGCGGAGAAUAGUUGCCUGGCACCGUUGCUCGCCAGCAGGUUUAAAUCCAACGACCACCCCUCCCUCUUGCUCGCACGAGUAAGGGCUUUUCCCUCCCCGAUCUGUCUUUUUCCUCUCUCGCAUACCUAGAUACCAAAUUGCACCAUGGCCGUCACCGUCCCUAGCCAUGUCCCCGCCUACUCCCUCGGAGCUCUCAGCAUAGCGCUGGGCCUCAACGCCAUUUUUCGCCCCGCAGCAGAAUACCCGCGUUUUGGUUUGCCGUUGGAGGCCGGCCGUCAGAUUGCACCUUACCAGAGCUCCUCCGUCUCCCCGCUCAUGUAUCUGAAAGGCAUCCGGGAAAUUAGCUAUGGCCUGUUGCUCAUCGGGCUACAGUCCCAGAGCCAAGAACCGGCCAUCACGACGCUGGCGGCGGUGAUGGCCUGUGUGGGGCUGGCGGACGGCGUCGUGGUGUGGUGUUGUGGAGGGGCGGAACAGAGACAGAAGGCUUGGGGUCAUUGGGGCACGUUUGUAGUGAUGGGGGCGUGGGCCUGGUACCGGAACUCUCCUUGGUGAGGUUGAUUAUUUCUACUGCGGAACUGCCGGAAUUGCGGAGAUUGAAUAAGAGUACAGCUCGGAGACGCCAUUUGAUUUGUUUAUAUUAGGGAGAUACUGCGAUGGUGUCGUGCAGCGCAAUGAGAUUCAAUACUGGAUGACGGCGAUCACGAAAAUUCGGA